AUAUCAACCUCCAAAACACUGCCCGCCCCUAUGUGACGUCAUGAGACGUGUGCAGCCGCGAUCAGGAAAUACAACUUGAAGUAGCCCGGCGACUGUUAUUAUUUGAGCGGUUAUAGACGUCUGUAACCUGUUAAUAUCUGCUUGUCACUCCGUUGUCGUGACUGCGGGUUGGAAUCAGGGGGGGAAAGCUUACUGGAAUUAAAAGAUUCCAAUACGAUCAUUUGCAGUCCGACAAGGAAACGAUCAGCAGUAAGUUAACCUAUAUUCUCGAGUAAGGAAUGGCUGCUCUACUAAAAGUGCUGCUUCGCGUAGCAGAGAAAGCAGCCAAUGUGGCGCGGGUCUGCAGACAAGAAGCGCCGCUCUUUGAGCUUCUGGUGCAAGAGAAGACUGGAGAUGAUAAAAACAAGAAGUUUGUCCAGGACUUUAAGACACUUGCUGACGUGGUGAUACAGGAGAUGAUCCGACAUUAUGUCGGUGCAGAGUUCCCUGAAAUGGGCGGUUUCAUCCAAGGCGAAGAAUCCAACAAGUUUGAAAACGGUCUUGGAGAGAGUGUGGUGGUGACGGUGUGUGCGUCGGAGACGGAGACGGCGGCGCUGUUGGAGGCCGUGCUGGACGGUGACUCGACGGCAGCGGCCCUGCUGGCCAAGGCCAUCCACCAGGACCCGGCCGCCGUGGACACAAACACUGGAGACCUCAGCAUACCGCACAGUCCCUCCGAGCUCGGAAUCUGGAUCGACCCCAUAGACGCCACCAGCCAGUACAUUGAGGGUCGUGAGAUGGUAUUGGAAGAGGGACACCUGUCUCCCUCAGGUCUCCACUGUGCCCUGGUCCUGAUCGGGGUUUACCUGCGUAGCACUGGGGAGCCAAUCAUGGGGGUCAUCAACCAGCCUUUCAACUACAAAGAUCCUUCGGGGCGCUGGCAAGGAAAGCAUUUCUGGGGCGUGUCCUGCGAAGGUGUGCGCGCGUGUUCCGUAUCCCUCCCUGAGAGUCCAGCCGAGGGCACAGGCCUGCGGGCGGUGCUGAGCUCCAGCGAGAAGCCCGCGGUGAAGAAGGCGCUGGCCUCGCUGUGCGGGCCGGACAACGUGACCUACGCCUCCGGGGCCGGCUACAAGAUCCUGUGUGUGAUCCUGGGCCUGGCCGACCUCUAUGUCCUGUCCGAGGGGAGCACCUUCAAGUGGGACUCGUGCGCCCCUCACGCCCUGCUGCGGGCGCUGGGCGGGGGCAUCGUGGACUACACAGAGAGCCUGGGGACCCCGGAGCCCCGAGGGGCCCAGCUCACCUACCACCAGCCCCGCACCCAGAACAAGGGAGCGGACUGCUGGGCCAACCAGGGAGGCCUGGUGGCCUACCUGGACUGCAAGGCACUCGGCACGGCCAUCGAGGCGCUCAACCUCAAGCCGUAGGGGCGGAGCCUGUGGAUGUAGCACGAGCCAAAGCACUGUAGCUGUCGCUUAGAUGAUAUCCAUAUGCGUUUUCUAUUUCUAGGGAAGGAAAGUUAGGGGAAUGGCUUGGUGUAGGUUUAUUUUAAGCAAAUAUUCUAUAUUAUUUAAUACAGAACCAGAUAUGCUUAUGUUAAUAUGAAUGGCGGUUGAACUAUGUGAUACAGUAUUUGGGUUAUCUUCGGCCAUCUUUGCAGUUUUUAAUAUAUAUUAUAUAUAUAUCAUCAUUUGUUUUUCAUCUCUCUGUUAUGACUAUUUAAUAUACGUUAAAUGUUAGUGAUACAUGAUAUAUCUUCCAACUCCUAAAAAUGUAGGCAUCAUGUAUCCAUCCCCUGAUGGCUGUAAUUGCAGAUGCAGCUGAGAAUUCAGGUGCUGACCUCCACUUAGAAGAGAAGGGAGUGUUUCCAGCACAGGUUCAGCGGAACGGCCACAUCCUAGCCUACAUUUCGUUGUUAACUUCACUCUCCACUGAUUUGAAUACCAAUAUAAUGGUAUGGGCUGACAGCUCAGAAAAGAGAUCUCAUCAGCCCUCAGUGGAGAGGCUAAUUAUCGGUCACCAAAGGUUAAUCUAUAUUUUCUAACUGCCAGGUGUUUUGGUUAGCAAUCUCGCAAUAAUCUACAAGUUAUAAAUAGAUUUUGUUUUCAUUUCAACCUACAAAAAAAACCUCACAUGUUUUCCCUGCCAAGGUGACCUCAAUAUCAGCCAGUGUCUGGUUAAGGCUGUGGCUGUCUGAAAACACUCCUUUUAAGGAGAAAAGGAGGUGACCUGGUCUGUGUCUGUGGCCGUAGCCCCACUGCUUAAUGAAGGUCCGACGACGGGAGAGCCGCACCAGGCCAAACUAUGACUUGUUCAAUAAUAACAAGCAGAUUUCCUCAAAGCGGACCUAUGCAAGCGUAUCAGUUCCUUUGAAGGAGAUGCAGUUCAUUUUUGCUAUUUCUAUGUCAUGAUUGCUAUUGCAUUUGUUUUAUAUUGAUGUCAAUUGUUUAGUAUGGCAAUUAUACAUUGUGUGCUCAGAAUUAAAGAGCUAAAAAAUAUCAAACUUUAAACCGAUAGAUCACAAAAAACAGCAGGGGUUUAAUGGCAAAUUACGUUUAUUUUAAAAACCGGAGAACGUGAAAGAAAUCAAAUGUAAUUCCAGCAAAAGACGACCCAAACCGUCUUCCCUAACCAAAGUGGUCGGUGUGUUAUAAAGGCCUGCACACCACUUCCUGUUGAUUGUCAGAUUUUUGCAUUUAUUUUUUGCAUAUUGUUUUAAUUUAGGGAAAACCAAGCUGUGGGUACCGAUUGGGUUAACCACAUCCAAUGCACUCCAGUGACCUAGCCCCUUUUUAUGUGCAUGUUUAAAGUCUAGGAAUAUUUCUCAGUAAAACUUCUGAAUCUACAAAUCAGUUAUGUAUGUGUAUGUGUUAUAACUUUUACAUACACAUUCACCCCAUUUUAUUCUGUGUCUGGCCUUGGAUAUACCCUAUAUAUUUGUUUUACUUCAACCAUAAUAAUCUUAAUGUACAAAUACGAAAUAUCUGUGGAAGCCAUGUUGAAUAGUCCAGUCCAAGAAGACUUUGAAGGUCCUGACAAUUCCAUACCUGGAGAAGCAGCAGACAAAUGUAACUUAUUCCAGCUGUUAAGAAACAAAACACCAAAAUUAAACCAGCUCCUAUGUAAAGGAGGAAAAAAUAAAUAAAGCAUUAAGAGGCUAUUGAGUACUUUUCAGUCAAACCCAGACAUAAUUUUUUGGGUGGCCUAAAAAUAAUUUGGAAAAUAAAACAUUCCCACCAUGCGUUGUCCAACUUCAAAAUUAGAAGUUAUUGAUAAGUGUCUAACUUAUUCAUUAAACCAAGUUAAUCAUGUUUAGAGAAAAUAUCCUGUAGAAAAAAAGUGGGGUUUCCUUCAACACAGAAUUUCAUUAAGAGUUAAAUUGCUUUUCUUUUUCAGGCCAAAUCCCAAACUUAACUAGCUCACUAUCUUAAUCUGAUUGAAAUUGCAAUUUAGUUUUAGUAUUGUAACACAUUUCACACAGUGAGGUAAUGAUAUGCAGAUAUUAAUUCCUUGACCAAAAACUAAAUUUGAUGGCACUACAAAGAAGUCUACAUACCGAGUCAUUGCCAAUCAUCAAUUUAGACAGUUUUUGCAACCAAUAGGCCUACAGUAGGCCUACAGUUACAGCCUCAGACUAACUGAAACUGACCUUACCGAAAUUGGGUUCAAAUAGGCAAGCAAGUGACAAUUGCCCACACACACAAUUACAACCUAGUGAAUCAUCUGCAGCAUGGGCAGGGAAUAAAACACAACCGUUAAAGAAUGCUGUCGGCAUAAUUCGGUUUUCCAUUGUCCCCCAAUAAACAAUCUACAAUGACAAUGUAAUUUCUAUCUUGGGAAGUGCCAGACAGAUGCUUCAACUGUUACCUUGGUUUAAUCGGUUAUCAAAAACACAUGAAAACAAAGCAAUUGUGUUGCUUUAGUCAGCAGAAUGUAUCUCUAAAGUGUAACGGGAUCCCUCACUUUCUUAAUUUCCUGACAACAAUGCGAAUAUCUGACCCUCACAGGAGUGCAUUACACAGGGGGCCAAUGCAGAGUCCAUAGCUGCCCUGGCGCUGCUCGCUCCACAGACUAGCUGAGAGCAGGCCAACAUCAUUCCUUUAGUUGUUUACCUUUCAAUAAGAGAACAAAGGAAAAAGGAAUGCUGCUGGCCUGCCGUUUGAAUGUUCCACAUCAGAGGCAGACAUGGGCUUGCAUUU